CGGACGUAUUGACACACUGCCACACCGCAAUUCCGCUUUUUCGAAGCCCUGCUUGCGUUGCCUUCGCCACACUCCAUGCGCGAUUAUUCGUUGCCUUCUUCACUGCAUGGAAAGCAAGGCCGUGUUCCUUCCUUCCUUCCUCGAUUGAUGUAGAUAACGUGGUUCCUUCGUAGCUGUUUUUUUUAUAAAGUGUUGUGGAUUUUGGAGGUUUCGGUUUCUUGAAAUCGUUGCACCGCGCCGCUAUUUUUUGGUGGUGAAUUGUUGCGGGGUUAGUGUCGAAUCUGUCAUUUGUCUGGCUGGCCCUUUCUAAUUCGUUUGGCUUCGUUUUGUUUUGUUAUCUUGGUUAUUUAUGUGGAGGUCGUAGUUCAAUUGAAUCGUAAAGGAAGUAGUACCGGUUUUUGGCUCGUCUUUUUUUUUCUUUUUCUUUCUGUGCAAUCUGGAAUUGGAUUGUGCAGCACUAGUGGGAAUUUUUCUAGGCUUCUAGUGUGUCGAGCGUGAAUCUUUGUUCCCGAGCUGCGUUCGGCAACUGAGCCUUUCGGCUAGUCGUGUGGGUGUGGGAUCGCAUUUGUUAGCUUAACUUGGACCACCAUCUUUGGUUCAAAAACGAGGGCCGCUUUUCAGUAAUUUAGAAUGUCGUGCGGAAUUGCGUAAUAGGACGCGCGAUGGAUUAAACACGCUUGUGUCAUGCGAAUGGUCCAUUAGAGCUUGUGAGUCUGGAUAAUGGUUAUCGAUGUCAACUUCAUUUCAGACCUAGGCUUCUUUUUGACAUUGACUUGAACCAUUUAAAUAGAUAGGCUUUGCAUUAAUGGUCUCUGUGUGGAACAUCAAAGAAGAUUGACUUUAACGCGUUCCGAUUAAAUCUACGAAGACAAAGCGAAGAUAACUGGCAUUUAUUUCCAGCUUCAGACAAUCGACAUCCGAGAUGUUUCGUGACAUUUGAUUCCAAGCCAACCCAUGGGGUAUUUACAACGGUUAGGGCUAGUCUCCAGAAGGAACAAGGAGGGUGGAACAAUAUCUCUGUGCUAUAGUGCUGACUCAAAAGAAACUGGAAGCUGUACAGUGGAAACUGACAGAGACAGAAGCUGCAAUUCGAAUGCAUCCAUCAGCUGCACUACGAUCCCGCAAACCCGCGUGUUCAAUACCAUCAAUGAAGAAAGAUCAUUAAUGGCUCCCGAUACAUGCGUCACGCAGCGUUCAUGUUCAGUUGUUCUCGGGACGCCCGUCUCAAGUGAAUGUAAUGCGGCUCAAUUCUCACCAAGGCCAAGUAUACUGGGGCAGGACGACGACGUAGAAUUCUUACGAUACGAAAAACAUGUUCGAGCAAGAGCUCGGGCGGAUACAUACGGCGACAGCUUCGACUGGAAGACAUUGAUAUUCUGGAGGCGGCACAAAAGGCCAUCAGGCAUAAGAUCAUUGAACGCUAGUGCAGCGUCCACUCCUCUUCGUCACCAACCAUUUUCAACACCGUCUCACCUUAAAGCCACUACUCAAAGCCGUCAAAAAUCACGUGGUUACAGCUCAAGAUGUGGUUCUUUCGCGGCUCCUUUGUAUACAUCAGAAUUUUCCACCUCCAAUUCAAUCCCCAACUUCUGUCACCAUCCUUGGAAAGAUGUCGACUGCAACAUGUCACCUUAUGUGCCCUUGGGCGGUCGAAGACCUCGUCUCGUAACGGCAGGGCCAUUGUACAUCGUAGACUGAUUCGCCUCUCACCGGCUUCCCAGGUAUCAAGCGCACGGCCUUGUGAAGGUUGUACGCUAGUCACGAACCAGUACGAGUUACUCCUUCAAGUACCGAUUUAAGCACCUCAUUGAAAAACCAGCCGUAAGUGUUUUCGUUACCCUGGAUCAUUUGUGGCGAUUCCGCAGAGGCUAUCCUGGAUAUGUUCCGAGGCUUUCAGUAAUUCCUGUCCCUGUGAACGGUGACAGAACGAACUUUAGGCUUGUGUUCGAAGCUACUGGUAGAUUUAAUUAUUAUCUUUUCUCGUGAGCACUUGGAAUGCGGAAUUUUUGCUCUACUUGUUCUUUAUACCGGAUUGCGAAUUCCCUAGUCGAGGAUAUUCACGAUGACCAACAAUUCAUCGUGACCAAUCCAAGUCGUCUUACGAAUAUAGGAAAAGAAAAAAGAAAUAUGCAUAGAAAGUCAGUGUUUAGAUGAUCUGAAUAUUGUUGGAUUAGCCGAUUGGAUAUGAAGUUGUACAACCCAAUUUCGAGAGUGGCUUGUAGAGUUCGCACAGCAGCAGUCCAUGUCUAGUAUGGAAGUAACAAACUGUCAUUAAGUCCUUGGGAAACAGAGAUUGCUGUACGUUUUUUCUAGAUGAUCCGGGCAGUGAUUUAGUACAUUGUCCUUACAUGGUUCGUGCUAUGACUAUUUGGCAGUGUAAAGCGUAGUCUUUCUCUUCCAGUGGUCGUAGGUGAUGCUCUCUGGAAGCAGUACAGCAUGGUUCUAAAUCCUGUCAGAUUGUAAAUGGUAAUCACAAAAUGGAUAUAUGUUCACCUUAUCGUGGAUUGAAUUUUAUUUUUAUUUUACGAAAAUAUUAUUGCAGAAGACUCUGCUCUUCUGGAUGGAGCAACGAUUCAGGACUUAUGAUGUAAUUGACAAUUGAAAUUGGUAAAUUUCAUUGAAAGAAGUGUGGUGAGUUGAGAACGA